ACCGGCAUUUCAGUAUCAUCCCGUGAAGUGGAGACACCGCCGUGUGUUAUUUAUUUAUUUAUUCUAGUUUCUUUUUUUAAUUCACCAUGCUUGGUCUGUGCCUUUACGUCCCCGUGUCUAACUCGGACCCGGUCGAAGUGGAAUAUUUCGAAUCCAACGGCCUGCCGUCGGAGCUCAACUCGCUCUUCAACAAACUGAGCGUGUUCCUGCCGUCCCAGGAGUUUUCAAGCUACCAAAGAUGGAGAAAGAAAACCUUAAAAAGGGAAGAAAACGACUCCGACGACCAGCUGGACUUCGAAGAGUUUGUUCACUAUCUGCAAGACUACGAGAAAGACCUGAAACUAGUGGUGAAGAGUCUCGACAAGAAGAAUGCCGGACGCGUCGAUCCCAGAGAGUUCCUCCAAUCCCUUCGUGACCUCGGCGUGCACAUCUCCCAGCAGCACGCCGAAAAAGCCCUUAAGAGCAUGGAUAAGAAUGGAAUGAUAACGAUCAGCAACAAAGACUGGAGCGACUACCCCAUGGUGGAAAAGACCGAGAACAUUCCUGAGAUCAUCCUGUACUGGAAACACUCCACGAUAUUCGAUGUGGGUGAGAACCUGAUGGUCCCGGAUGAAUUCACCAUGGAGGAGAAGCUGACCGGCAUGUGGUGGAGGCAUCUGGUCGCCGGUGGAGGAGCUGGAGCCGUUUCCAGAACCUGCACCGCCCCGCUGGACCGGCUCAAAGUCAUGAUGCAGGUUUACGGCUCCAGAACCAACAACAUGUGCAUCAUGACCGGGAUGAUGCAGAUGAUCAAAGAAGGCGGCAUGAGGUCGCUGUGGAGAGGAAACGGCAUCAACAUCAUCAAAAUCGCCCCCGAGUCGGCCCUCAAGUUCAUGGCGUACGAGCAGAUUAAGCGUCUAAUCGGCAGCGAUAAGGAAACUCUGAGCAUCUUGGAGCGAUUCGUGGCUGGAUCUUUGGCCGGAGUGAUCGCCCAGAGCUCCAUCUACCCCAUGGAGGUGCUGAAAACCCGUCUGGCUCUGAGGAGGACCGGUCAGUACGCCGGCAUCUCGGACUGCGCCAAGCAGAUCUUCAGGAGAGAAGGGCUGGGAGCGUUUUAUAAAGGUUACGUCCCAAACAUGCUGGGGAUCAUCCCCUACGCCGGCAUCGACCUGGCCGUGUACGAGACUCUGAAGAACUCCUACCUGCAGCAGUACGGCACCAACAGCUCCGACCCCGGCGUCUUCGUCCUGCUGGCCUGUGGAACCGUCUCCAGCACCUGUGGUCAGCUGGCCAGUUACCCGCUGGCUCUGGUCCGGACCCGCAUGCAGGCGCAAGCAGCGACGGAGGGUUCCCAGCAGCAGGUGUCCAUGAGCGGUUUGUUCAGGCAGAUCCUCCAGACUGAGGGCCCUACAGGACUCUACCGGGGCCUCGCUCCAAACUUCCUGAAGGUGAUCCCGGCCGUCAGCAUCAGCUACGUGGUGUACGAGCACCUGAAGACCCAGCUGGGGGUGACGUCACGCUGAAAGCCUCCAACGGUUAAACCCCCCUCCACCCGUCAGGGCUCCGCUAGGAAUCCCGGGACCCUCCGGAGGUUCAGGAGCCGCCUCAUUCUGUGAAUGCCAGCCGACGAGACGAGGAAGGCCGAAGAGGAGGAAGUAGUGGACUCUGUGAGCUCACCAUCGCUGCUAUUUAUGUUUUUAGUGGGAGCCGAGGAAUGUAAACAUGGACCAAAUGUUCUGUUUUUCUGCCGUUAUCGUGGUUUUGUUUAGCUGCUGAGAGAAGAGUAACCGGGCAGAUUUAGCAUUAAUAAUAAUGAGAAUAAGCUUCUGCCUUGAAGUGAUUGUUUUCACACAUGAGGGUUUUCACACUUGAGUUUGAUUUCUCUGCACAGCCUCUCCAUCCUGAAUGAAUGAGUAUUUAUUCCCACCCCUCCUGUAUUUAUUUAUUGUUUCUUUGAGAGAAGACUUGAUUCAUGUGUGAAAGAGCCAAAAAGAAAUUGAGGAUGGGAAUGGAUGGACGCCAGAAAACGGCCUUAAGAUGUACGAGACACUAAACGUCUGCUGUUGUGGACGUGUUUUUUUUUUUUUUUUCUAAAUGUUCACCUCAGGUUUAAGGGAGAGAUUCUAGUUUAAUUCACUGAAGUGUUGGAAAGCAAAGGACUUCUCAGGAGGAGACAUGAUGCACUUUAAUCAAAGCUACGAGGAACGUGUCAGCGCAGGGUGAAAUUGUUUUCUAAAGACUUUUAGUAAUGUUUUAAUGGACCAUUUUCAUGCAAAUAAAUGCAAAGCUCUUGUACAAGA